AUUUCUCUGUUGCACAUAGUUGUGCUGCGGUAUAAUGCUCCCUGAAUACAAAGGCAAGUGUAGCCGGACAAAAACUCAGAGACUCCCAGAGCACCUCGGGCUUUUUUUUCCCUGUAUUACUUUGUGAUGGAUGAUGACGCUGUCUUUUAUCAGGAGCUGCCAAAAGUGGAGCUCCACGCUCACCUCAAUGGCUCUGUCAGCUUCCAAACCAUCGAGAAGCUCAUCAGCCGGAAACCACAUCUCAACAUUGAACACAGCAUGACCGCCAUCGGCAAAGGCCAGCGGAGGACCCUGGACGAGUGCUUUGAGGUCUUCAAGGUCAUCCACAAGUUGGUGGACACAGAGGAGGACAUCCUGAUGGUGGCGACAGACGUUAUCAGGGAGUUUGCAGCCGAUGGUGUCAAGUACUUGGAGCUAAGAAGUACGCCCAGAGAAGAGAAAGACACAGGUCUGACAAAGAGGAGUUACGUUGAAACUGUCAUCAAAGCCAUACAGCAGUGUAAAGAAGAGGGAGUGGACAUCGACGUCAGGUUUCUGGUGGCGAUUGACCGCAGGAAUGGGACUGAGGUUGCCAUGGAGACGGUGAAGUUGGCCGAGGACUUCAUGCUGUCGUCUGAUGGUUUGGUGGUGGGACUUGACCUCAGCGGUGAUCCAACAGUGGGCCACGGUAAAUACCUCAUUCCUGCUUUACAAAAGGCCAAGAACUCUGGACUGAAGUUGUCACUGCACCUCUCAGAAGUUCCGUCACAGCUGGAGGAGUCUGAUUUGCUGCUGAAUCUUCCUCCAGACAGAAUCGGUCACGGUACCUUCUUACACCCUGAAGUGGGUGGAUCUCAGAGCGUCGUUGACAAAGUGUUGAAGAACAACAUACCUCUUGAACUGUGUCUAACAUCGAACGUCAAAGGACAAACUGUGCCAAGUUACUCCAAACAUCACUUCAAAUACUGGUACCAGUUGGGACACCCAAGUGUCAUCUGUACCGAUGAUAAAGGAGUCUUUUGUACGGACCUGUCUCAGGAAUAUCACCUGGCAGCUUCCACAUUCAGCCUGAGCCACAAAGCCACGUGGAAGCUCUCCCACCAGGCCAUAGACUGCAUCUUCGCCCCAGAGGCCGUCAAAGAGCAGCUCAGACAGAAGUGGAACGACUUGGAGUCUCGAGUGUUGAAGUGACUUGUUCGCUGAAGCCUCGUGACAAUCAAUCAUAUACCUCAGAUUUUAAUUUUCUAGUAACGUUUUACAAGUAUUUAUAGGAAUCAUUACGUGAACAAAAAGAGAAUACAAUAAAUGUGUGUUUUUUUCUGCUGA